AUGCAUCUUGUCAACGCGAUUCCGCUCCAGCCAAGCCCUGUAUACUUGGCUGUUACUUGGCAAAGCCGCCUCAGCGAUCAAUGCCUUAUUGAUUCUCGCUCAGCGACCUGGAUCAUCACGCGCCCCAAUGCCGAAACGAGGGAUCGGGACAGUAGGUUUGCCGCGGAUCUAUGGCUUCGUAUCAAGUUGUUGUCAAGCUGGGAAACAUUCCUGGUUAUUGCCAGUCUCUCUAUCGAACACACUGGUGGAAUGGAUAUUGAGAGUGCAUCCCAAGAAACGGAGCGGGCAGCGCCUGGUGAAUCGCCUGCCCACGGAACGACAACGAUGCUCAUACCUUUGAGGUCGCAAGGGAGGGACAAGGCAUAG